AUGCAGCUUCAUAUAUCGCCAAGUUUGCGGCAUGUGACAGUUCUUCCGGCGAAAGGUGUUAGGGAGUUCGUCAAAGUGAAGGCUAGCUCUAGACGAUUAUCAUAUCGCAUGGUCCCAGAAGUAAUAUAUCAAGUUCUAGAAGAACCUGAGGUUCCUCAAUCCCUGGAAGAGUUUGUUGCUGCAAUGAAGGAUAGUAGACCAGAUGCAGAGACAUUUGCAGUCAAGCUUAAAGCUAUGGUCACCCUACUUGAACAAAGGACUAGAACAGCCAAAAUCCAAGAAUACCUGUAUCAUCAUGUAGCAUCUAGCAGCAUACCAAAGCAGCUUCAUUGUCUUGCCCUAAGAUUGGCAAACGAGCACUCUACCAAUGCCAAUGCCCGCCUCCAGCUCCCUUCGCCACAAUUUGUUCCAUCGUUAGUGGACAACCUAUUAUUCCACUUCAUCCUCGCCUCUGACAAUGUUCUUGCUGCCUCUGUCGUUGCAACGUCACUCAUUCGGAACUUGUUGCACCCUAAAAAGUUUGUUCUUCACAUAAUCACAGAUAGAAAGACCUACAAUCCCAUGCAGGCUUGGUUCUCAUUGCAUCCUUUAACGCCUGCAAUCACUGAGGUUAAGGGACUGCACCAAUUUGACUGGUUGACAAAGGGGAAGGUCCCAGUAUUGGAAGCCAUGGAGAAUGAUCAACGUGUACGGUCACAGUUUAGAGGAGGGUCAUCAGUCAUUGUGGGCAAUAACACUGAAAAGCCUUAUGUGAUUGCUGCUAAAUUGCAAGCUCUCAGUCCCAAGUACAAGUCACUCAUGAAUCACAUCAGAAUACAUCUGCCUGAGGUAGUCUUCCUAGAUGAUGAUAUCGUGAUUCAAACUGAUCUUUCACCUCUAUGGGACUUUGAUAUGAACGGAAAAAAUUUUGAUCCAAGCGAAUGUGCAUGGGCCUAUGGCAUGAACGUCUUUGAUCUAGAAGCUUGGAGGAAGACCAACAUAAGCCAAACUUACCAUUACUGGCUUGAUGAGAACCUGAAAUCAGAUCUAAGUUUGUGGCAACUAGGGACGUUACCUCCAGGUCUAAUUGCAUUCCAUGGUCAUGUGCACAUUAUUGAUCCCUUCUGGCACAUGCUGGGACUUGGGUACCAGGAUAACACAAGCAUCACAGAUGCAAAAAAUGCCGGUGUCAUCCACUUCAAUGGCCGAGCAAAGCCUUGGCUGGAUAUUGCAUUCCCCCAACUUCGGCCACUAUGGAGCAAGUAUGUCAACUUUGCUGAUGAAUUCAUCAAAAUCUGUCAUAUUAGAGAAUCCGAGAAUAGACUCAGAGAAGAUGUUGACCCUUUUGCUAGUAUGUGA